AAUUAAGAUACAAAACCGAUAAAAUACACUCCAUUAUCUUAUCCUAGUGAAAGUAUCGCCGCUAACAGCCGUCUCAGAACCUGAUUUAUAAAACACUAGAGCUAACGGGUUUUUAAUACUUCGUCAGACAAACUUUACAUGGAAAUCCAAGUUAACACUCGCCGGAUUUUUUGUCAAUCGGAGUUGAAUUAACUUUUUAUCUUUACAUAACUACACCAAGUUCGGCGAGAAGGCUUAUGCUGGAGAAGUUCUCGAAAGUCACAAAUUGAAUUGUAGCGGGACUUCAAAGAAUUUAUCGUAACGAAUAUUACGACAAAAAUGGCAGGAAAUAUUACGACGGAUAUGCCAGUGGAUGUUACGACGAGAAUGGUACAUUUAGCGAAUGGUUCGACAGAUAUGCCAGCAGACGGUACGACGGGAAUGAUGACGUACUCCACAAAUACGUCAUUCGUGUCCGGUCUGACACUGCAGCAACUGAACGACGAGGAGUUCUACCGUCGUCUGGCUCCAGUCAUCUACCUCGUCGUUCUCAUGGUGAUUGGAAUUCCCGGAAACCUUCUCGUCCUCGUCGUAUAUUCCCGGUCUUUCUCCAGGACUACGCAUAGGACCUUCAUCCUCGUGUUGGCCGCAGUGGACUUUGGAGUCUGCGUGGUGUCACUUCCGUUUGAAAUUAUAGAAAUGAGAUUCCAAUAUACAUUCUACAAUGUCAUAGCAUGCAAGUUAUUUCGAGCUAACAACAACUUUUUAUCUCUUGGCUCGAUUUUUACUAUAUUCUGUAUGUCGAUCGAUCGGUACAGACGAGUGUGUCGACCUUUACGCCAGCAGAUGACCCCGCGCGUGAGUUUGUUCUACUGUUUAGGAGCCCUGAUCGUAGCCCUUAUAUUUUCGGGGCCGAACUUAGCCAUUAGCGGUAUCAGAAUUGUAACGUUCAAACAAAACGCCAACGUCACUGGUUCUGACUGUUCGCUCUCAGACCAGUUUGCAAAGACGAUAUAUCCAAUUGUUUACGGAGGUGUAUUGUUCAUUAUUUUUCUCAUAGUCAUCGUCUUUCUCAUCGUCGUCUACUCCCUCAUCGCCAGAAAGAUUUAUAAACAUAGCAAGUUCCGCGAAGGCUUCCAAACUUCCUCAUACAGCAGUUCGCUAACGCAAACGUCGUCUAUUUCCAAGUCUGGAAGCAAGAAAAGCGAAAACAACGGUAAUGAAGUUGGUCUGGAACAAGUAAAUCUUGCCAUGACAGUGUCACCGGAAAAGCAGGAAGAAAUACAUUCUGAUACAAAACUGAAUUCCUCAAACGACAACACUCAACCGGAAGUGGUGAAAACUGAAGUAAAGCCAUCUGUAGCACAACCGGAAGUUGCUAAAUCUGCAGGAAAGAACUCUUCCAGUGGGACUUCGGGAAGAAACAGGGAUCGGUCGAUAAAGACAAAGACGACGAUAUCAAAUGCUGAUAGAAAAAGAACAGCGAAGAUAACUAGAAUCAGCUUCACGAUAAGUCUUGUGUUCAUCCUGAGUUAUCUCCCCCACCUGGUGCUCUCGUUGAUGACGGCGGUGAAGGGUGGAUUUGUCGCCAAACCAGGACCAAUCGUAUCGGCCUUACUUCCUAUUGUCACACGAUCUAUUUUCAUUAACAAUGUCGCUAACCCUCUCAUCUACGGCUUCCUUGAUCCAAAAUUUAGAGAGAGUUGUAAGGAAUUCUUCAAAAUGGUGUUGCGUAUGCGAUGAAUAACACAUUCAAUUUACCUAGUGGAAAUACUGAUGGACAACAUAGUUGUAAAAUUGACGUAAAAUUAUUGGAAUUAUAACAGGAACAACGCAUGUCUUCCGUACCAUUGUAUUUUUCAUCUUGGAGAUGCCGGGAUAAAACAUGGGAUUUAUAUUUGUAUUGUUCUAUUGGAAAUGGUGAAAUCCAAUCUCGGAUUAACCUAUAUACAUGUGUCCAUCCGUUAUAUUCUCUUUUAUUUUUGUGUAUAUAUAGAGAAUGCAAGGUCAGUGUCUUAAAAUACAAGCUGUAUUUUGGCGAGGGUAAAGAAAGACAAAAGUGGAGAGCCUUGGCGAUCCACUUUUGUCUUUCUGUACCGAGCCAAAAAUACAGCUUAUAUUUUAAGACAUUGACCAUGUAUUCUAUUUAUCCUGCAACAGUCAUCAAAAAUAAUCAUUUUGAAGUGAAACGGUAUCAAUAAUAAUCCAAAUAUGUUCGCCUUUUGAACGUUGUUUCACUUGAAAAUAGGAUAAUCGAAUCGACGCACGUGCUAAGAUUCCAAAAUACAGCUGUUUUCCGUCACUGUCGUAUGCAGCAAAAAUAUAUAUGGUGGGUGUAUUCCGACAAUGCGGUGGCAGUUGCAGGAUAUACUGUAUAAAUAUGUCGUAACAAAAAUUCACAUCAAAAUGUUUGUUUCAAAUAACCCGGGGAUACGAAUACGUACUUUGUAAUUACAAAACUCCGGAGGAGACAGAAAAAUCAACAAUAGUAUGAAACAUCUGGUAGAAGAAACGAUCGUUCAAUGAUAGAUCCAGAUUAUAUCGUAAGCUUCUACUGGACCCAGACUUCGCGAUAUCAAGCUUCCAUGUGAUAUUGAUUACGACAAGACACUAUGCCAAUCAAUGUAUUGUUUUGCUAUUGGGAUAUGCUAAUGGAUUGCAGCUGUUUGCUUUGAUACAAAUAAAACCGCGUAAGCACUUCGAUUUUAGCUUUAACCAACAUUAUCUACGUAACAAAGAAAAGAAUUAAACGACGAUGUUAAGCCAUACUAAUGCUUUAGGCACUUUUGAAGAAAAAGUAAACUGCUACAAUCAGAGACAUAUAUAUCUAUAUAUGUCUCUGUUACAAUCCAUAUUAAAUUAAGCCUAUCUCAACGAAGUACGAGUGAAAAAUAUCAAAAUGUUAGUCACACGAGUGAAAUAUAUUUGGCAGUACUGUUCAAGAUACUGUAGGAUAUUCUGUUUAUUACAUUAAAUAGCAAUUAAAUUAUAUCGGGGCAGCUUUCAGGUUCUCCCAUUGUCAUUUGUUUGCAGUGCUUUGAUUGGUCAAACAAUGAAAAAAAGUGAUAUUUUUCACAAGUGAACAUAUAGAUAUAUACAUGUAUAGGAAUUAAUUGUUUUAAGAACCUCAUUUGAUUAAUUUGUUGGGGCUUUUUAUGAUAAAAACUAUACUGUGAAUAAGUGCUUAUUAAAGUUUGCUUCUUUUGUUAUUGAAA